AGAGAGUGAAUCAGCGCGUCACGCACGCGUCGCUCAGCGGUGUUUGCGUGUGCUUGUAUCCGGGUUGAGGGAGUGUCUCUCUGCCUCAGAUUCCCACAGAAACGCGCUGUCCAGCGGCGGCAGACGGGAGUAUGGCAUCGGCCAGAGGGAAGCGGAGGCGCGGCGGCUGCUGCGUGCUGCUGUGAGCGGAUCCGCGAUGGAAAAGCCGCUGUGCUCGGACCGGAGGCCGGUGGUGGCGGCGGCUCGGGCGGGUUCGGCCUCGCUCGGGUUCUACGCGGCUCCGGCGGGUUUCAUCGCUCCGCUGCAUCCCGGGCGCGCGCGCAGGAUUGAGGGAGUGCUGAGCAAAUACACCAACCUGAUCCAGGGCUGGCAGAACAGGUAUUUCGUGUUGGAUGCAGACGUGUCUCAGCUGCAGUAUUUCGUGAGCGAGCAGCUGCGCAGUCUGAAGCCGCGUGGAUCUCUGCCUCUCAUCGGUGCGUCCGUGACCGUCAGUGAUGAAGCUCCACACAUGUUCAUCAUCAGCUCAGCCAAUGGAGAGAUCUUCAAACUCAGAGCGGCGGACGCCACAGAAAAGCAACUGUGGAUGAUGCAGAUUCAGGCCUGCACACGGCGACACUCCGACAGCAGCGCAAAGAUGCGGAAACUGAAGGAUUGCGAUGACCUUCUGAGUGUUGAUCGAAUGCAGAACUCUCUGGACACGCAGGGUUCAUCAGGCCGGACGCGAAGCUUCUCUCUUCUUCCUCACCUUCCUCCGUCUUCCUCUCCGGCGUCUCAGAGACAUCUUCCUCAUCUUCCUCCUCCUCAUCAUCUUCCUCAUCACGGGCCUUCCAGCAACAUCGUCACCAUCACACACCACAAAUCACCCGCUGCUGCCCGCCGUGCCAAAGACCAGUACCCAGAGCGCCUGCUGGAGGUCAAAGAGGUCAUGAGCCAGGCUGAGGGCCAGCAGAAGAGUCUGGUGCAGUCCAUCGAGUGUCUGCCGACGCGGGGGUCCGUCUCGUGUCUGGAUCAGGACCUGCUGCUGCUGAAGGCCACGUCUGCAGCCACGCUGAGCUGCCUCGGAGAAUGCCUGACUAUAUUACAGCAGAGCGCCGGACACAACAACAGCAGCAGCAGCAGCGCUCCAGCCGCUCACAACCGCGAUAAUGCUCCUGUAUGGACCGUCCCAAAGUCGCCUUCAGGAGAACUUCUGAGGAAUGGUGGCGCUGCAAACCUGUGCUCCACAGAGCCCUCGCCCUCCUUCAGGAAGAAAAGCCUUCUGCAGAACACUGAGGAUGGGAUGGAGCUGAUUUCUCCUGAUGAGGAGGUGUUGGAUUCAGAUGAUAACACUGAGGAGGAUUUGGGAGUUCUGGAGGAGCAGCGGAGUGUCAUUCUGCAUCUGCUGUCUCAGCUCAAACUGGGCAUGGACCUCACACGGGUUGUUCUUCCUACAUUUAUCCUGGAGAAGCGCUCGCUGCUGGAGAUGUAUGCGAACUUUAUGGCUCACCCGGAUCUGUUUCUGUCCAUCUCUGCUGGCGUCACGGCGGAGGAGCGGAUGGUGCGAUUCGUGGAGUAUUACAUGACUGCCUUCCAUGAAGGACGCAAAGGAGCCGUUGCCAAAAAACCCUACAACCCGGUGCUGGGCGAGACCUUCCGCUGCUCGUGGGCGGUGCCUCCAGACAGAGUCCACCCUCUGAGGACUCCAGGGGCAGGGCCCAAGGAGACGGCCGAUCAGGAGGGUGUGGGGGCGGAGUCAGAUUGUUACAGGGUGCAUUUUGUGGCGGAGCAGGUUUCCCAUCAUCCUCCGGUGUCUGCGUUUUACUGUGAGUGUGUGGAGAGAGGGAUGUGUGUCAACACACACGUCUGGACCAAGAGCAAGUUCAUGGGCAUGUCUGUCGGAGUCUCCAUGGUGGGAGAAGGUGUGUUGUACCUGCGGGAUCAUGGCGAGGAGUACGUGUUCACUUUCCCCAGCGCGUUCGCCCGCUCCAUCCUCACUGUGCCCUGGGUGGAGCUCGGCGGAAAGGCCACCAUCAGCUGCGCCAAGAGCGGAUACUCGGCCAGCGUCACCUUCCACACCAAACCCUUCUACGGCGGGAAACUGCACAGGGUGAGCGCAGAAGUGAAGCAGAACUCCAGCGGGACGGUGGUGUGUAAAGCUCAGGGCGAGUGGAACGGGACGCUGGAGUUCACAUACAGCAGCGGAGAAACCAAAGUCAUCGACACUACAAAACUGCCCGUCAUCAGGAAGAGGAUUCGACCCGUGGAGAAACAGAGCCGCCGCGAGUCCAGGCGUCUCUGGCAGCACGUGACUGAAGCGCUGAAGGAAGGAAACGUGGAUCUGGCCACUGAACACAAGCAUCUGCUGGAGGAGGACCAGCGCUCAGAGGAGAAACAGAGAGCUGCAGACAACAUGCCCUGGACCCCCAAAUACUUCAGCAAAGAGGAUGAAGGAUGGGUCUACAGAAACCCGCUGUGGAAAACACACUGAGAUUAAUGACAAACUGCCGAUCGGACAAACACAGGGACUGAAAACAAUCUGGAGCCACAUGCUGGACUAUAAUGAUGCAUCACACGCUAUACUGUACAGAAAUCAAUAUGUGUAUAUAUGAAAACACAGACACCUAGAGAAGACCUUUUAUACACUUGUGUAAAUGAUAUUAUUUUUCACGAUUAUCUAACCGAGCCUUUGUGGAUAUAUUUCACAUGUACACAGUAUUUAUGUGAUCCACCAUUUAGAUGAUUUAAUGAAGAGAUUGUGGACAAGAUGUUCAUGUUUAAGCUUGAAAUCUUAAAAGCAGCUCAUAAUUCACCCCAAAAAUGAAAAGGAAAAAGUUUUAUUGGAUUAAAAAACAAUUAAUGUGUAUAAAUAUAUAUAUAUAUAUAUUAAACAAUAACAUUUACGAAAUAUUUUUGCACUGUGAAAUUUCAAUCAAUAUUGAAUAUUUCCCACCAGAAUUAUCAUUAUGACAGUAUAGUAUUUUAUUACCUUUACAGAUGAAAAAGGCCUACUGUAUAUAGAUAUAAAUUAAUAGUAACACAACAAUGUAUGGAGAAAUUCCAGUUAAAUAAUUAGGUUUCGUGUUUUGUUUUUUCCACCAUGUCAUAUUUGUUUUCCUCUGACAUAUUUACGACUAUUGAAAAGUUUCAGGCCUUUACAUAAAACGUUAUAAUAAACCUAAACCCACACUAUAACAAAAGACUGGGUUGUCAUAACCCAACGUUGGGUCAAAUAUGGACAAACAAAAACGUUGGGUUAUUUUUAUCAAUUAAAUUUUAGUUACUUUUUUAACAACUUUAACUUUUAAC